AUGGUAGAUAUAGUGAAGAGAUGUGUGCAUACCUAUAAGUAUAAUACAAAGCAGUGUGGCAAGUGCCAAUUGAGUAGGUAUAUAGCUAUGUUCCACUAGCUUUUUAUUAGAAACUAUAAGACUAGAAGUAGAAAUAAUCCUUAAAUGUAUUCCCAGAUACCAGAAAGUUUUAAUAGAAGCUAAUACCUUAGGUCUGCCAUAAUUACUUGCACCUUGUAGGUGAUCAACAUGUCAUGAAUUGAACUAAAGCUAAAUGUACCAGAAAAUAUACCAAUGGGGGUUGAAAAGAGGAGAUAAGACUGGCAGAGAUUGAGUUACACCUUGGGAGGGUGAAGAAGAGGUCCUAUCAAUGAUUAGACAGAAAAGAGACAAAGCAGCAUGGAAGGAAACACAUAUGUCACCAGGCAGUAAGUAAACACACCUGACACAGUAAGUCAGGUCAGGGCCAAGAGAGUGGCACAAGCUAGUUUGGGGCAGAGGUACAGUGUCCUCAGAGGCUCUAGGGACCAGGGCCUCUAACAUGAGCAGUCUCCUAAAGAGACCAAUGUGUGGGCAAGAAAUAAAAUUAUUCUAGCUUAUUCCAAAUUAUUUUGAAAUCAGAUAACUCUCAGACUUUCUUUUAGGGCUUUCAGUUGAAUGUGCUUACUGAACUUUUAGGAUUUGACUGUCCCCACUGCACCCUUGUAUUUUUCCAUCUCUUCACAGACAACUAACUUCAAGUAGAAAACCCACAAAUAGAAAAAAAAAAGUGUUAAAGUCAAAUAUAUAUUUGUAAUAACACUAUGAUAUAAGUGAGCUUCAGUUUAAAUUAAUGAACCAGUAAAUACAUGUGAGUAAUAUAUUACCAGGUUUUUCCCAGAUUUCUAAGAUUUUAUUCCUGGCAGUUUUCAGAUAAGGAGAAAAGUUUACACAUAGAUGAAUACGAGGGAAAUAAAAUUUAUGUACCUCACAUCCUUGACCUUGGCAACAAAAAUUGUGAAUUAAAAUAUUAAGUCACAUAACUGUAAAGAUAGCUUUGGUUUCAUGACCUUUUUUUUUUUUAUGUUUCAUUUGGUUUGGUCAUUUUAGACUAGGGAAGUUCCUUGGGAAUUUAACUGAGGUAUCACAGAAACAUUAGCUAUAUUCCCUGUUUUCAACAUUGGUACAGUGUAUCUUGCUUUUCUUAAUGUAGUAUGUGGAAAUAAAAUAUAUGAAAAUAGGGUGUAUUGCAAUUAAAAGAUUAACCUACAUAAAUGGAAUAUAAAAAAAAAAUUUAAAAGAAUAAUAAUUGCUUCGAGGGACAAAUAUUUUAUGAUCUAAAAUACCUAACAACUGUCAUUGUUGCAUUUGAUACAGACUGUUAUAAUUACAUGAGGGAUCUGAUGAAUUGGUUAUAUGUGUAGAGACUACUAAAUCUGGAGGCUCAAUAGUAGACAGUUGUGAUUUUUAAAAUUAUUUUCUUAUCUUUCUGCUUAACAUCAGAACCCCCUCUUCUUUGGAAAUAGGAGAGGGCUUGUGAGUCCAAAGGUUGAAGUACUAAAAGCUUGAUACUUUUCCAUAUUCUUGGCAGCCAAGGCACAGGUAUAUGAUCUAAGAUAGACAGUUGACCAUCCUUGCCCCUAGUUGUUGUAUAGGGAAUAGUGUUACAAGGAAGGAAUAAGAGAUUAGAAUUAGUGCCAGUGGCCUUCCAUUGCCCCACUGUGUCAGGGUCAAGUGUCCCGCAGUAGUGGCCCCUUAACCAGGCUGUACCUUGGCCAUGGAUCCAGCUAUCUAGCUUCCCAAGCUAUCUGGUAGCCAUCCAGGAAAUUGUUUUUCUAUUUAAGGACACCAAAAAUAGUUUCAGAUUUUACGUAACCACUACAAUCACUCUUUAGAGUUGUGGAAAACUAUUAGAGCCUAAGGAUGCCUCAGGACUGAUCUACAGGCUGUGCAAUUUUUUUAAGUAAUGAUAAGAGGCCACCUGACUAAGCUCUAGGAGGGCAGAGUCCGUAUCUGGCUUGAUUACUAUGGUAUACCCAGCUCCUAGAUCAGUGCCCCAGCAAACAUGUUCAGUAAACUUUUGAUUUUGACUUGAAUGAAUAAAAUUGUAACACCCACCUAUAGGCCUCCUCAAUUUAUUUUAUAUUUUUGGGUCCUAAUUGCUUUUAAUGUAGAUUUUUCCUCAGAAUGGAAAAGAACUCAAAGUGAUUACACUAAGGUUUUAAAUUCAGGUAAAUAGCAGGUUGUUUUUUUCAGUAGCAGAAAUGAGGAAAGAGAUUAGGUUUCUGCUGUGAUAAAUCAAACCUUUUAAAUGCUAAGGCUUUUAUAUUUUCAUGUACAGGUUAAACAGGUUGUGUCAAUCACUAGAAAGCCUUGUAUUUGUUUGAAAAUUACAACAGUCCCUCCUCCUGGACUUUGAUCCAGCAAAGACAACUUAUCUAAUAACCUCUGAUUGUCACAGGAACACUUGUAUGAAGAGUGUUCUUUAGUUCUUUUAAAAUGUUUUUGCAUAUGUGACUUAUUUAAGCUUUCAACAUGCUUAGAAAACUUUUUAUUGUCCUGCUUUUGUUGUUUGUGACUCUGGGAGAAGGAAGGAAAUCGUUUCUCAGUUUUCUGAAUAUAGAAAAGACUGAAAUACUACUUUUCACAAAGACUGAAGAAAUCAUUAUUAUAAGAUCAAGUUACAGAGAUAAACAGCCAAAUUCCAGCUACCUCUUUGUGCAAUCAGAAGACCCUAAAAUGCUGCAAGUGGUGAAUGUGACAAAGACCUUAUCGGACGUUACAAACUUUACCAUAAACCUAGUGACUGAUGAAGAUGGAGAGACAAAUUUGACCAUUCAACUAUGGGAUUCUGAAGGUAGGCAAAAAAUACUAAUUGAAGAAAUAAAGAAUGUUAAAGUCAAAGUGCUCAAACGAAAAGAUGGUCUUCUACAGGCGUCAAUGCACAUCGAUAGAAAUCUUCUAAUGCUUAUUCUACCAAUGAUAUUGUUAAAUAAAUGUGCAUUUGGUUGCAAGAUUGAAUUACAGGUGUUUCUAACAGCAUGGAAGAGACCUUUGCCAGUAAUUCUUACGGCAGUUACACAGUUUUUUCUUUUGCCAUUUUGUGGAUUUCUUUUGACACAGAUUAUGGCACUGCCUGAGGCACAGGCUUUUGGAUUUGUAAUGACCUGCACAUGCCCAGGAGGUGGUGGAGGCUAUCUCUUUGCUCUGCUUCUAGAAGGAGAUGUCACUUUGGCCAUUUUGAUGACUUGCACUUCAACAUUUUUGGCCCUGAUCAUGAUGCCUGCCAAUUCUUAUAUAUACAGUAGGAUGUUAGGGUUAUCGGGUACAUUUCAUAUUCCUGUUUCUAAAAUUAUGUCAACACUCCUUUUUAUACUUAUACCUACAUCAGUUGGAAUAGUCAUCAAGCGUAGAAUACCUGAAAAAGCGAACUUCCUGGAGAGAAUAAUUAGACCUCUGAGUUUUGUUUUACUCUUUGUAGGGAUUUAUUUGACUUUCAGAACAGGACUAAUGUUUCUAAGAACAGUUAACCUAGAGGUGCUUCUACUGGGUGUCCUAGUUCCUGCUUUGGGUUUGUUGUUCGGGUACUCUUUUGCUAAAAUUUCUAUGCUGCCUCUUCCUGUUUGUAAAACUGUUGCUAUUGAAAGUGGGCUACUGAAUAGUUUUUUAGCCCUUGCUAUUAUUCAGCUCUCUUUUAAACAGUCCAAGGCAGAUUUAGCUUCUGUCGCUCCUUUUACAGUGGCCAUGUGUUCUGGCUGUGAAAUGUUACUGAUCCUUCUGUUCUACAAGGCUAAGAAAAGAUGUAUCCUUAUUGUAGAAGAUAAAGGGAAAAAAAAUCCCCCAGUCUAACAAGGCAUUACUGAAUUCCUACUCUGAAUGAGGUACUGUGGGGAGAAUCAAAGAAUAUCUAAAAUGAUGCCUGCUCUCAACUCAUUUGUGAUCUGAUUGAAAAUUUGACAUUGGGUGAGAAAUAUUUAUAUGUAUAAAAUCCUAUGUGCUAGACAGACCCAAUGAGUACGACAGUUUAAAGGAGAAGGAUUCGAAGGAAGGAGAUCACUCUUCAAUGUUGGUUUAGAAAUGUUUCAUAUAGUUGGAUUUUAAUGUGAUACUUUAUUAUGGCCUGUUAAAUAGGAAAGAGCAAUUAUAAAAACAAAUAACAAAAACCUUCUCCUAUAGUGACUGAUAUAUACCAAGUGUUUACAGAAGGGCUAUCCACAUAAUAGGCAUUCAGUAAAUGCUCACACAGUGACUCAUCAAAAUCAAUAUGUCUUAAACUAAAUGUAGCAUUUCUGCCCUCAUAACUGCAAUUCCUCUCAUUUUCCGCAUCUCUCUCUAAAGGUUAUUAGUUCACCCUGAAACACAGGAUCAUCUCUUCCCCCUCUUCUCCUUUCUUCCCUUCUUAUUCUUCAUUAUUGUCAAAUUAUUUCCUCUAGAAAUUUUCCUAGAAUAUUAAUCAGUCUCUUCUCCACUCCCAGCACUACUACUUUUAUUCUAUCCUUUAUUGCUGCUUCCCUAAACCUUUCUUAAGUGGCUUUGGCUUCUCUGUCCAUUCUCCAAUCACUGUCAAAUGAAUCUUCCUAAAAUCUAACUGAUCAUGUGCCUAUUUGCCUUUUGAAUGAAGUCUAUAUUCCUUAGUAAGGCAUUUAUUAUGCUCUACUAUCUGACUUAAUUCUAGCUUUCCAGUUUCAUCUCCUCUCCCACUUCCUUACUCACAGACUUUGCCCCAGUCUAACAGGAUGACUUGGUAUCUUGUGACUGCCUUCAUUUGCACUGUACCUAUUCGCACUGUUCCUACAACCUGAGGGGCCCACCUGAUCUCUAUCUAAAUUUUGAUCAUUCUUUCAGACCUGGCUCAAAUGUCACCCUUGCCAUGGAAGUUUUUGCUCAUCCCCUUAG